UCAACCCAUCUUGCUCUGAAAACCGCUGCGAAAGCGCGCAGACGUUCACCGACCGUGCGCUCCGAGAGCGAUUGGGAGCGCGAGAGAGCGAGGAUCGAUCGAAGCUCUCUCUUUGGAGUAUAAUGAGAGGUUUUCCGUUGCUUGCUUCAUCGUUGGCAGCGCUCGUGGAGUCAUAGAACCGCGUUGCCAGGUAUGGGAGAAGUUGGGAAGAGAUCGGAUGACGAUCUCGGAAGCACUGAUGCGCUGGAUGGGCGCUUCGCGUUGAAUGCUGGGGUACAGGAAGGUGCCAUAUGUUGUGCUGGCGCCGAGGGGUCAGAGAGGCGUAGUUCUCCUCGUGAGAAUGGUAUUGGCCUACCUGAGCUUGUGAAGAGUGGCUUGAAAGAGAUGGGGUUGGAAAGUAAUGAGACUGAUGAUAGAGAGGAGGAACCAAAAAGCUUAAAUCUUUACUUGGCAAGUCAUGAGCAUGUAGAAUUGCCAGGAAAGGUCACGGGGGAGGAACAUUGUGAGUUUACUGGCCUAUCUCCAUUGAGAACAACUGAUGGAGCAGGAAGUUCUGGUAGUAUUGACAUUGCCAGGUUGUUACAUGGUCGUAGAGAGUACAAUGACUGUGAGGAUGGUUUGCUUGUUACAUCUGCAUUGGUAGCUGAAUGCCCCCUGGAAGACAUCAAGGGGAAUGCUGCUGAUGUGGAAGAGGAGAAUUUCUUCAUGCCUGUUCCUGCUGAUGGUGAAGAUAAUCAAAUAGACGAGAAACAUGGAAAUUUGCUUGCGGUGAACCGAGAGAGAGAGGAGGAUGAGUUGCUCAGUCCAGAGACUGCCUCAAAAAGCUCUCUGGAUUGUGCGAGACUUCAGAAGGAGAGUGGUGAAUGUAAUACUCUUUCAUCCGAGAAAAUUGGAACUUCUCUUCAAGUGCGUACAAAGGAAGAAGGGUGCCACGUGUCACAUGUUCCAAGACUGGUAAGCUGUCUGGUCCAUGGUUCUGUGGGUGAUGCUGUUUAUUCUUGUCCAAAGGAAAGAUCCAGCCAAAUAUCUGUUGCGGUCAAGGAUUGCUCUGCAGAAAAUACGUCAUUGUCUAUUGCACAGGAAAGCGGUGCUCCUGUUAUUGAUGAUGCAAAUAUAACUUGUGGAAAGUCUCUGAAUCCAGAAAGUGGUAUUACAAAACCAAGUACCAUUAUUGUCUUUAGACGUGCUAAUCCCAGACGUGCGGCUUCCACAAACAUUAAGAAGACUAGUGGGAAGCAUGAUAAGUUAUCCCAAGCAAAAGGCAAUGCUAGGAAAUGCAAGGAAGCACCUAAUUCCAUUUCAUCAAUUUCUACUUGUGUACUCAAGAUUCCAUUGCAACACAUGACAAGGAAAAGAAGCUCUUCUCACAAGCAUGCUCGGCUUUCUAUCUGGGGAGCAGCUGAAAAUUUGGCAGAGCUGUUCAAGGAUAAUGCCCAAGAUGGACUAUGUGAUUCCCCUAUUCCGAUUCAGAAUAAAAAUCCAAGGAAAGGAAAGUCUGGUUUGGGUAGGAAAAAACAGAAUACAGGAAUGUGCGGCCGAAGAUCACGAGUGGCUAAGAAAAAAAAUCCUUCUUUGUCGCAUCCAGCAGAUAUAGUAGAUAAUAACUGUAUUGAAGCUAUGUUUCCUGUUGUGGUCCAAUCACAAGCUUCAUUAAACAUAUGUUCAAAUAGGUGCAAUGACAAUUUAAGUCCCAUUAAACUGAAAGGCCACCAGGGCGAUAAAGACUUAGAAAGCACUGUCACACAAGAUACCUCCGUUGAAAAUGUGCAGUAUGAUUGCCUUGGGAUUUCUUCUCAAAGAGGGUCAAAGGUGAUAGUGGAAACAAUUGACCACAAGCAAUUGAUGAAUCCCGUAACAUCACCUGAUUCGGAUGUAUGCCAUCCAGUCCCAUCUGUCAAUAGCGAGGGUGCCACUUCAGUUUGUGGAGAUGCUGCAACAGAUGGCAUUGCGCCUGUUCUUAAACGAACAAGUCAAGUUGAUGUAAAUGGCACAGUAAUGACUUCAUCUGAGGCUUUGCCAACUCAUGGAUCUGCUCCAAUGUUGGAUACCCAGCCAUAUACCAAGAAAGGGAAGAAGAGUAACAGCCGAAAGGCAGGUGCUAAAGUAAAUGGAAGUCCCUCUCUUCUUUCAGAAUCUUUCAAUGUCGAAGAGAAGUUUCAUGGUCCCAAUGAAACAAAGAAAGCUAGAAAGAAAGUUAGGAAAUCUUCAAGACGUGGGCAUGGAGCAGAAAAACAAGACACACUAGGUAGAAGAAAGUCUUCAACCUCAAAAUUUGUCAGUGAGACAACUACAAGAGGUUCUAAAGGCAAACAGUCUCCUAUGGAGUCACCCAUGCUGGAAAUAGGUAAGUUGGAGUACUGUGAGGAAGCUUCUAGGAAUGAAACUGAUCCAGAUGCCUGCAUUUCUUCUGGUAAGGACAUUGGAAAUGCUAAUUCUGAAGCUAUACACAAGCCAUUCUUAGUUACUGCAAAGGAGAAAGGUCUUAAGGCCCGCAGAGGUACUAAAAUGGGAGUUUGUGAAGGUGCUGUAUGUCAUGUGGAUGCAACAAAGCACAAUAAAUGUGCUAAUGCCAGAAAGAAGGAAAGUUUGAAGAAGUCAAUCUAUAAAAAUGUGUAUACGAGGGGAAGGCGAAAACCUAACAGGUGUUUAAAAGCUGGUAGAGGCGUGGACACUACUUCGGAAACCGGCGACGUUUUGGCAUUGGCUGGAUCUAAUAAACUCGGCAGUGAUGAGCUUUUAUCAAGCAGGCCUUGUCAUGGCUUGGACGACUCGCACUCUUUAUCACCACAGGUGGCUUGGGUUCUGUGUGAUGAUUGCCAAAAGUGGCGGUGCAUAUCUGCUGAGCUUGCAGAUGCCAUUAACGAGACAAAAUGCAGAUGGACUUGUAAGGACAACAAGGACAAAGCCUUUGCUGACUGCUCAAUACCACAAGAGAAAACAGAUGCUCAAAUCAAUGCAGAGCUAGGAAUCUCAGAAGAGGAGGAGUGUUUAAAUGUUCAACCCAUUUUCAAGGGAGUGGAACCAUCAAAAUUAGCAGCUUCCCCUAGUGCUUCUUUUAAGCUUAUCAAGUCCAACUUGUUUUUGCAUCGAAACCGGCGAACACAAAACAUCGAUGAGGUCAUGGUUUGCCAUUGCAAACCGUCUUCAAAUGGCGGUUUAGGAUGUGGAGAAGAGUGCUUGAACCGGAUUCUUAACAUAGAAUGUGUUCGAGGAACUUGUCCUUGUGGGGAUCUCUGUUCGAAUCAACAGUUUCAGAAAAGGAAAUAUGCCCAAUUUGAGUGGUUUCCAUGUGGAAAGAAAGGGUAUGGUUUGAAACUUUUGGAAGGUGUAUCCCAAGGACAGUUUCUUAUUGAAUAUGUUGGAGAGGUUCUUGAUUUAGCUACUUAUGAGCAACGGCAAAAAGAUUAUGCUUCUAGAGGCCAGAAGCAUUUCUACUUCAUGACGUUGAACGGUGGUGAGGUAAUUGAUGCAUGCGCUAAAGGGAACUUGGGCCGUUUUAUUAAUCAUAGCUGUGAACCAAAUUGUCGUACAGAAAAGUGGAUGGUCAAUGGUGAAGUUUGUAUCGGGCUCUUUGCUAUUAGAGAUAUCAAGGAGGGUGAGGAGGUGACAUUUGAUUACAACUAUGUUCGUGUGUUUGGAGCUGCUGCCAAAAAAUGUGUCUGUGGUUCAUCUGAGUGCCGAGGCUAUAUUGGUGGUGAUCCAUCAAACACUGAGGCUAUUGUUCAUGGUGAUUCUGAUGAAGAAUAUCCUGAGCCUGUGAUGGUUGAUGAAGACUUAGAUGAUCCUAUAUUAGAUGCUAUUGGAGUUAAGGCUGUGGAAAACAAUGCUACUUGUGUGGGAACUUUAUAUGAGAAAAUCAAAUGUUCUCCUGCAAAUCCAAAGUUAGAGAUUCAACAAAUGUCUGAACCAGUUUUGAGCAGACCUAUACCCAAUCCAUUACUAUCUCUGGAUGCUACACACGCUGAAAACGUAGUGGGCAAAGCUCUAUCUGUCGUUCAACCAUCUAGGAACUCUACCGAAAAUGUGAGUGCCAUGCAAACUGAGGAGACCAAGUACAGACCCACAUUCAAUGCCCGACGUCCAUUAGAUGCGCCUCCACAAAUUUUAUCUGCUGCUGAGAGGAUCACAUCUAAUAAAAUCAAGGAUAAGAAAGAAGAUAAGCCAACUGCAUCUGUUCCUUCUCCUCAUGCAAAAUCUUUGCGCUCAAGUGCUAGUCUGAAGAAGGGGAGACAAAGUGUGAAAGGCCUGAAUCCCCAUAAAGCUAAAGAAGUACUCAACACUACUGUAAACACAUGCUUUGAGGGAGUUGAAGAAAAGCUCAAUGAAUUAUUGGACGUGGAUGGGGGCAUUAGCAAGCGUAAAGAUGCCACCAAAGGCUACUUGAAGCUGUUGUUUGUCACUGCUGCAGAAGGAGAUAAUGUUAGGGGCUGUGCAUCUCAGAGCAUUCGAGACCUUUCAUUAAUUCUUGACGCUCUUUUGAAAACAAAAUCUCGAUUUGUUUUGACGGAUGUAAUCAACAAAAAUGGUCUGCAAAUGCUACACAAUAUAAUGAAGCAGAACAGAAGCAACUUCAAUCGAAUUCCCAUAAUUCGAAAGCUCCUCAAGGUGUUGGAGUUUCUUGCUUCAAAAGGAAUCCUUACUCCAGAACACAUGAACAAAGGUCCUCCCUGUGAAGGAAUGGAAAGCUUUAGGGACUCGAUGCUGGGGUUGACCAAGCAUAAUGAUAUUCAGGUUCAUCAAAUUGCGCGCAAUUUUCGGGAUAAAUGGAUGCCUCGUUCUAUAAAAAGAAUUGAGUUGUCUGACAGGGAUGAUAACAUGCCCGAUUCAGGAUAUGCCGUCUGUAAUUGGACACAGUCAAGCUUCAGGCGAUGGCAUGACUUGGGGACAAGAGAUAGUGAUGCAAUUGUUUGUGUCAAUGGAGAUUCACGUUUUUAUUAUAAUGAACUGAAUUCUCCUGGAGAAACAUCUCAGUUUGGGACUGGUCAGCCAAUUUCUGGUUGUUUGCCCUUUACUGAUGGCAGUUCAGCAAUCUUGGCACAAUCACGUAAGCGCAGGAGUCGUUGGGAUCAACCGACAGAUACAACCAUGCCAGAAAAGCUUCCAGUGUCAAAUGAAAAUCUUAUGAUAGGAGCUUCAAAAUCUUUGGAACGUACAGUACUUGCAGAACCUAGAUCUCCACAUGAGGCGAUGGAGCAAACGCCUGAGACUGACAGAUUUGAAAAUAAUACCACUUCUGGGCCUAAACUGGAAACUUCAAUACUUCCAAAUGUUGAUGAUGAUGCACCUCCUGGAUUUGGUUCUUUAUGGAAGGAUAAUCAUUCUCAAGUUUCUCCAAAAGGUUCAGAGGCUGCAGCUGAAGUCGUUACCGGGCAUCUGCAAGAAAGAUACCUCUCUCACUUAACAGUGUCUUAUGGCAUACCAUUGGAACUCUUGGAACAACUUGGAACCUAUGAUGGUGGAAAUCAAAAUCCUCCAAAUUGGGCAGUUGCACCUGGCAUGCCCUUCCAUCCAUUUCCACCAUUGCCCCCAUAUCCACGAGGCACUCCCAGUCCAGCAGUGUCAACAGGAACCUAUCCUACACAUGUAGUCAAAGAAUCUCCUGCUAUUUCUUGCACAAAUAUCAUCACUUCGAACAAAUCUGGAGAAAAGUCAGCUUGUGAAUUGGGAGCGGGCCUAAGGCACUGUCAGACUCCUGGCAGAGGAAGAUGGCCUUCAAGAGUGCCAAAAAGGAAGGUUCUCCACCCACAGAGGUGGAAUAAUAAAAGAUUUCAAAGAUGUUGGCCCUCUCGGCCUUGGGAAGGGAAUCAUCUUGGAAUGAGAAGUAGCUCAAGAAUUGGAGUUUCCCCAUUGAGUGUGGGAAAUGGAAGCAACGGUGGUGCUGGUUUGGGUAUUCCAGAUUGUGAAAGAAGCAAUGGUGGUGGUUGUUUGGGUUUUCUAGAGGAUGAAAGAAGUAAUGGUUGUGGUGGUUUGGGUAUUUCAGAAGGUGUAACUUUCAUCAACAAUGAUAACUGAUGAUAUCAUUCAUUGAUAUAAAAGUAGAAUCAGCAAAUAGAGGCUUCUCCAUGUAUUUGUAAUUCUUUUACAGGCUAAUUUCAGACAAAUGACAUUGUUUUACAGGAAGAGAUUUUUAGAGUCAUUUUGGAGAGUGAUGACUUGCUACUGUCUCUAUUGAAAUGUCAGGUGGAUAUGGCAUUGUCAUCAUGAAAGCAAGUAAUUUCUUGUGAUUGAAAUAAAUUAUCAAAUGCAGCACUCAAGGCUUCAGGGAGAUGUUAUGUUUAGUUGGCAUCCCAUUUGAGCAGCCUAUAGUGCAAAGUUUCUUAUUCA